GAAUCACUACCGUUGGCGGCAAUAACCAUCCAAUUAGUUUGAACGAGGAAGUCUGCCAGCGAAUGUAUAUUCAUUCAUUUGCUCCCAGUUCAAAUCAAUUCGACGUCUCCUCGCGAAUGAUCGCCGCCAACUUCUCUCAGUUCAAAUGAAUUGGACAUUUAUCACGGUCAAUGGCACUGAAACAUGAUCCUUCACUUCUUGUCCUCCCCAGUUCAUAUCUGCAUGAAUCCUGGGGGAAUUUUUCCACUUUGAGCCUGUAGCGAUUCACAUGGCAUUGCAUUGUUAAAUAAGGGUCAAAGGGACACACACAAAAGGAAGCAUGACACUGAUAUGGUUUGAUGUCACAUAAAUGUACCUGUGAGCUCAUGGGCUGGCCCACUCUCUUUCUCACUCUUGCUCACUUUCUCUCCAACACACAUACGAACACACACACACUCUUUCAGUACCGGCCAUCCCUCCGGCUGUAGGUGGAGCUGGAGCUUUCCUGGAAUUGUCGGGCAACUUUCCUGUUGUGCUGGCUCCAGUCUUGCUCAAUCAGUUCAACGGCGGGAUUAAGGGGAAUGUCGGUCUGGGAAUGAUGGGUGUGCUUCCCAGCUUGCCAACGAUGCCGGCUCGGCUCUGGUGGACGUGAUUUUCUUUCCCCGCUUAUGGUUAAGGUUCUUCUUCCUUCUGCAGAAAUGAUUCACAAAGCAAGGCGGAAUCCAUCGAUAGCUGAGCGGCUUCCCUGGAUUUCGCUGCCCUCUCCGCUCAGUUUGGCCUGAAGAUGGAAACACUGGAGUCGGAGCUGACAUGCCCAAUUUGUCUGGAGCUUUUUGAGGACCCGCUUCUCUUGCCUUGCGCUCACAGCCUUUGUUCCAACUGCGCCCACCGCAUCCUGGUGUCGCACUGCACCCCCAGUGAGCCCGUCCAGUCCAUCCGCGCCUUUCAGUGCCCCACCUGCCGCUAUGUCAUCAAUCUCAACCAGAGAGGCCUAGAAGGACUCAAGCGCAACGUCACCCUGCAGAACAUCAUUGACCGCUACCAGAAAGCAUCCCUCAGUGGACCCAACUCGCCCAGCCAACCUCGACGGGAGCCUGCCGCCCAAGACGGUGGCGCCAUGACACAGCCCGGAGAGCGGGUGUCGUGUCAGUUCUGCGAGUGUGAACCGCCCCAGGACGCCAUCAAGACCUGCGUCACCUGCGAGGUGUCCUACUGCGAGGAUUGCCUCAAGGCCACGCACCCCAACAAGAAACCCUUCACGGGCCACCGUCUUGUAGAGCCCUUGCUGGACACCCGCAUGCGAGGGGUCAUGUGCGCCGAGCAUGAGGAUGAGAAGGUCAACAUGUACUGCUUGACGGAUGAGCAGCUGAUCUGCGCCUUGUGCAAACUGGUUGGACGGCACAGGGACCACCAAGUCGCCGGGCUGGCUGACCGGUACGACAAACUCAAGCAUGCCUUGGACACCAACCUCAGCAAUCUCAUCAAGAGGACCAGCGAAUUGGAAAGUCUGAUGGGCAAACUCAUCCAGACGUGCCAACACGUGGAGAUAAAUGCAUCCAGGCAAGAAAACAAGCUGCUGGAGGAGUGUGACCUCCUGAUCAAUAUCAUACAACAGAGAAGGCAAAUCAUCGGUACCAAGAUAAAAGAAGGAAAGACUGUGCGCCUGAGGAAGCUGGCCCAGCAAAUCAGCAGCUGUAAGCAGUGCGUGGAGAGGUCGACUUCGCUCAUUGCACAGGCUGACCACACCCUGAAAGAGACAGACCCCUCGCGAUUCCUUCAGUCGGCCAAAAAUGUCUGCGAGAGAGUCUCCAUGGCAACAGCAUCCUCACAGAUUUUGCUACCGGAAAUAAACCUGAACGACACCUUUGAUACAUUUGCUCUAGACUUCACAAGGGAGAAGAAAAUGUUAGAGAGCUUGGAUUAUCUCACAGCUCCAAAUCCACCGGUAAUCCGCGAGGAAUUAUGCACGGCUUCGUACGACACCAUCACGGUUCACUGGACGUCAGACGAUGAGUUCACUGUCGUGUCCUACGAACUCCAGUAUGCCAUCUUCACCAGCCACUCCAAUGUCGUCAGUUUGUGCAAUUCUGCUGAUAGCUGGAUGAUCGUUCCAAACAUCAAGCAAAAUCACUACACAGUCCACGGGCUUCAGUGCGGCACCAAGUACGUCUUCAUCGUCAAAGCCAUCAACCAGGCCGGGAGCCGGAGUAGCGAACCGGGAAAGCUGAAGACCAACAGUCAACCAUUCAAACUGGAUCCCAAGUCCGCUCACCGUAAAUUGCGGAUUUCCCACGACAACCUGACAGUGGAGCGGGACGAAACGUCGUCCAAGAAGGCUCACGGCCAGGAUCGCUUCAGCAGCAACAGUAGCUACGGUGUCACGGGGAACGUUUACAUCGACAGCGGCCGCCAUUACUGGGAGGCUCUCAUAGGAGGAAGUACAUGGUUCGCGGUGGGUAUUGCCUAUAAAUCGGCGCCAAAGCACGAGUGGGUGGGCAAGAACUCGGCCUCUUGGGUAUUGUCCCGCUGCAACAACUCGUGGGUGGCCCGGCACAACAGUAAGGAGACCUCGUUGGAGCCCUCACCCCACCUGCGGCGACUCGGUGUACUGCUGGACUACGACUCAGGUUUCCUGUCAUUCUACGAUGCUGUGGGCUCGCAACACUUGCACACGUUUGACAUUGCAUUCAUGCAACCCGUCUGCCCCGUGUUUAAUGUGUGGAACCGAUGUGUCACCGUCCUUACCGGAUUGCCAAUCCCGGACAACCUGGAAGGAGUAGACUCCAGCAACUGACAUGUAGGAUGUUCAUGUGGAUUUUAAUUUAGCGACAAGAAAUGAAACCGUGUACAUUCAUCAUCAAACCUUUUAAUGAGUUUCACUUUAACAAUUUCAGAAUUUAUUUUUAAUGCAUUUUACUUUGCACAUAUGUACGUUAUUCUGCUGGAUUGCUAUAAAUUGCUAAAAUAUUUGAAAUUGGCUGCAUUCCCCCACCCUUUCCAUUUGUUAAUCUUAAUUUGUGAAUUUCUAUGCAUUUAAUGUAAAGGUUUUGGGAAGUAUGUCUGUUGAGGGCUGUGUAAUAAACGUCUAUUUUAAUACUGUAAAUGGUUGCAAACCUUUUAGCACUUUGAGAAGGAAAAAAAUGACAAUAAAAUGCAUUUUGAAACCACUUUUAC